AUGCCGAAGCCAAAGUCGUUCUUGAAAGAAAAGCCCAAGAAGAAGGGCGCGGCCAAGCAGGCACCAGUCACCGCUGAUGAUUUUCUCGCCGCCGGCGUGGAGCUGGAGGAAGCCGGGGAGAAAUGGCGGGCUGGAGACGCGGCUAAGUCUAUGCGGUUCUUUAUGCGCGCUAUCGCCAACUACGAUGAAGGUUUGCAGAAGCAUCCUGGUACCUUCGAUCUAGCCUACAACAAAGCACGAGUUCAAUAUGAAAUCACCCAGCACCCCAAAUUGGCAACUCUGUUGACUGCGCCAAUGGGAGAAAACUUGCAGGUUGCAUUGCAGUCGCACCGGGACGCGCUGCAUCUGGACCAGAAUAAUGCUGACGUGUUGUUCAAUUCGGGCCAGGUGCUGACCAGUCUGGCGGAGUCGAUAUCGAUCUCCAAGCGCCCGGAUGACGAGCAAUUGAUGCAGGCAGGAACCUACCUCCAGGAGGCGGUUGAGCUGUUCCAGCGGUGCUUGAUUGUACAGGAGAUGAAGUACACUCAAAUGCAAGAGGAGAUCGAAGAGAUGAACUCCGGAAAUGUCCCACUUGCGGCACCGGAGGCGGAGACUGUGCCACAGCCCGAGCCUCCAAAGACGGCAUCCGACGAGGAGCAGGAGCAGUGGGCCAUGAUCGUGGAGCCCGUCACUAAGAACACUUUGGUCGAAACAGCUAUUGCCCAGUUGGAGACUUUGACUACUCUGUGCAGCGUGUUGACAUCCAACCCGCUUGUCGGCGGUGUUGGAUGGGUGCAAGAGUAUUCGUCGGAGCUCGUCCAUUCCCGACUGCCCGUUUAUGCCGAAGGUUCGGACAGACAGUAUGAGGCGGCCUUGGCGCGCGCUAAGCUGAUCUGUGCUGUGAACGAGCUACUUUAUCGGGGCGGACAUACUGACGCGCAGACCUAUCAGCAGGAGGUUGGACAAGUCUUCGGGCCCGAGCUUGACGUGUCAGCAGACCCGGAUGGAUUGUGUGCCAAAGCAGAGGCGCUUGUCUCACUGAACCAGGCAUUUUCUGAUAUCCCCCCGUCCGAGGACGAUGCAACGGCCCAAGACGCGGUGGCACUUCGGUGGAAGCACCUCUCAACCGCCCUGGAUGCCCUGACAGCUGCAUCCAAACACCCCGAAGCUCACAACUUGCCCAAGAUCCAUCUCGGACGUGGUGAUGCUGAGAUGCAUAGAUGGCGCCUUGGGCGAGCCCCAUGGAACCACGCUGUCGCGAAGCAGAACGGCAAUAUGCUCUUGCGCAACGCUCAGACCUACUACCGCGGCGCAGCUGCUCUGGCGAGACGCGAUGGAGCCGCCGAAGAAGAAUUCGAAGGUACAUGCAAAGAAGCGGUUGCCGCAGCAAUCGAAGGCCAAAACACCAAGCUCCAUCAGCUUAUAGCAACCAAUAGUCAGCAGGUGGUGGCCACGGCGCAAGACAUGGUAGAGGACGGCCUGGUAGACGGGAUGGAACUGAGCGCCCUGAUGUCAUGA